GGGGGGGGUCGCGUUCAUUAAAACAAUCAAGUGUUCCCCUCUCUGGGCUUUGUGAGGUAAAUCAGGUCUGAAUUGAGCUUUCGUCCUUUUCAGACUGACUGUGAGAGAAACACAGAUGCCAAUGACCUCCGAGCAGUUGAAUGGACCCUUUAUACACUACAGAACCAUGAGAACCCGUCUGAGACCGAUCUGCUUGACCGCACCUUUGCUUCCUCUACGGACGAGACGAGACGAGACGAGAGUCGCGAUGAGCCUGAACUUCGACAACACCCAGACGUCUUCCUACAGGAAGCGUUUCGGUCCCAACGCCGCAGGGAUCCGAGCCUCCAACUCUCGCUACUCGCUGAGCAGCAGGUCAGUUUUCCCGACUUUCUCCGUGCCUUCCCGGAGCUCCUCGAUGAGGCUGAAAAGCAUCAACAUCCCCGGCCGGAGCAUCGGGGGCUUCCAGGAGAAGCUGGACUUCUCUCUGGCCGACGCCAUGAAUGCGGAGUUCAAGGAGACGAGGACCAACGAGAAGUUCGAGAUGAUGGAGCUGAACGACCGUUUCGCCAGCUACAUCGAGAAGGUCCGCUUCCUGGAGAACCAGAACAAGAUGCUGAUGACCGAGCUCAGCCAGCUCAAAGGCAAGGAGCCCAGCCGGGUGGGAGACAUGUUCCUGGAUGAGAUCAGGGAGCUCCGCAGGCAGAUAGACCUCCUCAACGCAGCCCGAGCCCGGCUGGAGAUCGAGAGAGACAGCCUGCUGGAGGACAGGAACAAGCUCCAACAGAAGUUACAGGACGAGAUCACCCUCAGGACAGAGGCUGAGAACAACCUGGUCGCCUUCAGACAGGAUGUCGAUGAUGCCGCGUUGGCCCGGAUGGAUCUUGAGCGUAAAAUCGAGUCAUUGCUGGAGGAGAUCGACUUCCUAAAGAAGGUCCACGAUGAGGAGCUGCGAAGUCUCCAAGAGCAACUGCAGCUGCAGCAGGUCCACGUGGAGCUGGACAUGGGCAAACCUGACCUGACGGCCGCCCUCAAGGACAUCCGCUCGCAGUACGAGACCGUGGCCACCAAAAACCUCCAGGAGGCUGAGGAGUGGUACAAGUCGAAGUUUGCUGACCUGACGGAGGCGGGCACUCGCCAGGGGGAGGCGCUGCGCCAGGCCAAGCAGGAGAUGAACGAUUACCGACGGCAAAUCCAGUCCCUGACCUGUGACCUGGAGGGUCUGAAGGGAACGAACGAGUCUCUGGAGCGUCAGUUGCGGGAGCUGGAGGAGAGAUUUGCCUUCGAGAGCGGCAGCUCACAGGACACCAUCGCCCACCUGGAGGACGAGAUCCAGAGGCUGAAGGAGGACAUGGCUCGCCACCUACAGGCCUAUCAGGAGCUGCUCAACGUCAAGCUGGCCCUGGACAUCGAGAUCACCACCUACAGGAAGCUGCUGGAGGGCGAGGAGAGCCGAAUCGCGAUCCCGGUCCAGAGUUUCACCUCCAUGAACAUCCGAGAGACUAACUUGGAGAGCCGGUCAUUGCCGGACACUCAUGUCCGCAAGAACAUCAUGAUCAAGACCAUCGAGACCAGGGAUGAGGAGGUGGUCGGCCAGGUCGUCAAUGAAGCGAUUCCAGGGGCCAGAGCCUGAACAUACCUCCGAGCCCCCACCCCCC